GUGAGGCAAGGCCCUGCAGCACUCUCACUUCUUCUCAGCUGUACCAGACUGACUACAUCUGAUCUACAAGAUGACAGGUAUGAUCGUAAAGAACAUGUCCUUCAAGGUCGGGCAGACCCUGACCAUUGUUGGAGUCCCCAAGCCUGAUGCAUCAAAUUUCGCAGUGAACAUCGGCCCAGACGAUCAGGACAUUACUUUGCAUAUCAACCCUCGUUUUAACGCCCAUGGAGACGAGAGGGCGGUGGUCUGCAACUCUUACCAGGGAGGCAACUGGUGUGAGGAGGUCCGUGACGGAGGCUUUCCUUUCCAAAUGGGAGAGGAGUUCAAGCUCGCCAUAGAAUUCACCCCCACAGAGUUCCAGGUGAUUUUAUCUGAUGGCUCUACAAUCCACUUCCCCAACCGCAUGGGUGCAGAGAAGUACUCCUUCAUCAGCUUUGAUGGGGACGUUCGCAUCAGAAGCGUUGAAAUCAAGUAAACCCCCCUCCUCCCAAGGAAAAGUUGGAUUGAAAUUCAGUUUUUCUUUUUCAAAUUGUCCAGCAUAAGGUCACCUAUAGCCACAGCUACUAAGUUACUGAACACAUGUGGUAUCUGCAGUGCCUUGCCAUCACACAACGUGUUAUGCAAGAAUUUAGCUUGUUGACAUGUGCAGAUGCAAGCAACCAUAGACAGAAAUGAGGACAGAUAAGAUAGACACAUACAAAGCCAUAAUACUCAGAUGUACACACAGAAAGCCAAACAGUAAAUAUUGCAACUGCGCACUUGACAGAGCUACCGACCGACAAGCAAACCAAACAUAAAGUAGUCCCAGGCUCAUGUUAUUGUUAUUUGCUUUUUAGUUUGCAGUGUUUAGUUGAAAAGUACCACAUAAAGUAUGAUCAUGUGUUCUUUAAGGUGCCUUGAAAUGUCUUGCAUGCCCUCUUGUUUUCCCUCCAGACAUUCCAGAUUUAUAACUGAGUGUAAUGCUUGCCUUUACAACAUGUAUUAAAGCAUUUCCUUUUAUGACACUGA